ACACACACACACACACACACACACACACACACACACACACACACACUAACCUUGUGGGGACACACAAUUCAGUCCCAUUCAAAAUCCUAUUUUCCCUAAACCUUACCCUAAUCCUAAAAUUAACCCGAAAACCUUAAUCCUAAAACAAACCCUAGCUCCCAACACUAAUUCUAACCUUAACCCUUAACCCCCUAGAAUUAGCAUUUGGCCUUCUGGGUACUAACAAAAUGUCCCCAGUUGGUAACAUUUUUGUUCAUUUACUAUUCUUGUGGGAAGUUCUUGUCCCCACAACACACACACACAGUUUUGCUUUUCUUGUGCAGGAGAUACGUAUGGAGAACCUUUCAUCUUGUAUUUCAAGGAGAGAAGCUUGAUGAUGACAAAAUGAAACUAAAGGAUUAUGGGAUCAGAAACAGAGAUGAGGUGACUUUCAUGAAGAGACUGAGGAAGAAGUGAAACGGAGAUCUCACUACCGUGUGGAGUCCUGCCUACUCUGUGAGUUGCCUGCACAGUCCCUGUUGCUUCAGACCUCUAUGUUUCAACCUGGAGAUGUACAGCAACUAUAUUCAUACACUGACAUGAUUCAGUUGAUGUCGAAAAGGUAGUCCUUGCUGAAAACAAGCAAAAUAUUUCACUAUUUCCUGGAGUACAUAGAAGAGCAUCACAUUUCCCACAGCACAAUCUGGGAGCAACCAGUGAAACCAGCUCCCAGGAUGUCUGGCUAUUCUGAGCACAGGGAGCUGGAUAGGAUCUCCAUGGAGAUGAACCAACUGUCAUUCAGGAGGCAGCAACUGAUCGACCGCAGGAACAUGCUGACCAUCCUGCAGGAGUUCAGGAACCGCUCCAACCGCAAUAGCACAGAGGGCUCCAAGCAGCAGACUGAGAUUCAAUGCCUUGAUAAGGAACUGCAGGAGCUGUCUGAGAAGAAGAGAGAGCUGCAGGAAAGGCAAGAUAACAUUCUCCAUUCCAAGGACCAAAGAAAAGAGUGCAUCAUCAGUCAGGGGGGCGUGUCUGUUCUCCCUGACCCCUCUGUUGUCUUUGUUGAAGCUCCACCCUCUAUACAAGCUCCGGAGGUGAUCCUGGACAUCCAGAAACUUCCUCCCUGCUCAUCUCAGACCCAGUGCCCACAGUGUCGACAGUUCAUCACCACAGAGAUUGUCACUUCAGUAGGCAAUGUGGCCUGUCUGGUCUGUGUCACAAUGUCUGUACUUGGCUGUGUGGCUGGCUGCUGCCUCAUCCCUUUCUGCAUUGAUAACUUCAAAGAUGUCACGCAUAGAUGUCCUAAGUGUCGAAGUCCAAUAAUCACCAUCAAAAAGCUCUGACGUAAGAGCCCACAUGUACACAGAGGCUAAUAAACAGGUCUCAGACUGGGCUUGGACAUCUCCUCUUGUGAUGAGGCAUCUACCAUGAAUCUGAGGUGACCCGUUUGGGGUUCAGUAGACACCCGGUCCCAUCAUGCAGGCACAGGACAGCAGUGGAUGAGGAGGAAAUGAACAAUGAAUGUUGAAUGGAGCCAGGCCAUUGUGAAACAUGUUCUGCUGAGUGAGAAGUGAUCCUAAAUUCCCAACAACUGUACUGUGGUCAGUGUCACUCCCACCACUCCUGUGAUGAUGAUGAUGAUGAUGAUGAUGUAGUCAUACUGUGAGAACUGUGGCUGUAUCCUGUACAUUUUAAGUUAGUAUGUAUUGCAUUGUUCUUGGAAUAAAAUGUCUUCAUCGAUGCAAUUUAUUAGAGAAACUGCAUUAAAAUGUUAAUUUGUUUUAUUUUUGAUUGACCUGCAAAAAGCCUAUAUAGUGUUUCGAGGUCUGUGAACUCUAAAGCUGCAUGUGACUUAUCCAAGCCUAGUGGUGGCUGUGUUAGGAACUCCUUGGUAAACAAAAAGUCACAUGAUAGGGUUGUUUUGUUUACUAAACACAACUGAAUGAUUUUCACACACACAAUGUACAUGACCAUUUUUAUUGACACAAAAAGGCUAUAUAUACACAUUAUGGGUAUACAGUAGUACGCAUACUGUAUACACCAAACAAUCUUAAUACAAAAGAGCUUGGAAGUGCUACGUUUGUAUAAAAUGUACGAAAAGAGCUCAUGUGCUACGUUUGUAAAAAAUAAAAUGAAAUGCAUGACACAAUAUAUACACAAUGUGCAAAAUGUAUGGCAUACUAACUAUGUAUCAAUACACCAUUGCAAGGGAAGGGGCUAUACUAGUAUAGUACAAAUAAAAUGACUUCUGAUUC